AUGAACUACGUAUUCAUGGAGAUAAUAUUACUCUUGGCUAUAGUGGCUCUUCACUGCCGGACAGAGGUACUGGCUGUGGGUGUUGCGACAGUAGGGCCCUUGGAAAAAUCAACCCCACUAUGGGAUGAUAAAAGCGAAUCUGAUGUGCUUACCAAGGAACCGUUUAACAGCAAAGUCGGUCUGAAAAAGUCAUCUCAGCUUUCUGUGUUAUUUCUUCGUGAGGACGACAGGAUCCUUCAGGGAAACGUGCGUUGUGGGGGAGGCUAUUGCCCCAAUGAGGCCCCUAUUUGCUGUGGAGAAGCCCCGCACUUUUAUUGCGUGCCUGGUGGGAACAAAUGCUGUUAUGCACCUAAAGGUAAAGUGGCAGCGUGUGAACAGAGCGAUGAGUGCUGUGUUUUUGGAAAUAAUGCCACGUGCUGUAAGCAAGGUACAAGGUGUCAGAGAGAUGGGAACGGGUCAGCAUGUGCUAUAGAAGCCUGCACCAAAUAUCAGACAUCGGAUGAUUGUCUGCACAAGACAGAGGAAUGCGCAUGGUGUUGCGAAGAGCGGCGUUGUGUUAGUAAAAGUCAGGUGUGCUCUUCGGGAGAGAAACCUAUUAGGUCAUCGGAAACGUGUCCUUCCCCUUGUCAGUAUGCUGAUACAUGCGCUCUCUGUCUCUCUUAUAACAGUUCAAUAAAUGGAUCAGAUGCUUGUUUGUGGUGUUGUGCGACGCAGUCAUGCAUCCCUACAAGUAGGGUUAUGGAGUGUAAUAACGAUCAAGAAAUCCAACGGUUGGGUAUGUGUUCCGUUUGUCAGGCCAACGGGGCUGGAAUAAACCCUGAGUUUGUGGGAAUGAUGUCACAGUUUUUUGCCAUGAUAUCAGGUAUUGUCCUUAUUGUGGGUAUUAUAUCUUGUAUUGGGGUGACCCGUGCCUAUUUCUACUUUCGUGGAGGUAUGCUGACGAACAACGGAAUGCGUCUAUCCGACGUUGACGCCCAAAUGGCGGUCCGGCGCCACGGGUUUGGCUCUAGGGAAACUGUUUCCAUGCAGGAAAGUGUGAAGCGGAGUUUAAAUCGAUUUUUUUGCAAGGUAUUUUUCAUGUUCAAGUCAAAGUUAAGGUUGGAAAACUCUUUUGAGGCGGUACAAACAUCAUCGUGUUUAGGCAGUGUGUUGUCCUGCGCCACGUGCCACCGCAUACAGCAUGUUCGCAUACUUGCUUCCGUUGCAAACACCAUGAAGGGUAUCAAAAUGGUUGAAGGAAAAACUGGGAGCGAUUCAAACAAUGAUGUCAAUGCGGCGGAUGACGAUAUCGUCAUCAUGUUGCCGUGUUGUCAUGCGUUUUGUCGUCCAUGCGUUGGGCUGAUUCCAUCAAAGAAUCCUUUGACGGCACGACUUGGUGAAUGUCCUCUGGAAGCCCAACCACACGACGCUGACACCAUACGGGCAAAUUACAUUCGCCUUCAUUUGUCACCAGAAGAGGGUACGACUUUUUCUUGGGGAAUAGAUCCGUCCACCACGGAUACACAAUACGCUUCGCGUGAGGAGCAGCAUGGAAUGCCAUCUUUUUCGGGGAGAAGAGAGGAAAAUGGAAGCAAUAUUAUUCCCACUAGUUCUACAUCUACAAGAUGGCAGCCGCAGCGUCGAAUUAGAAUUUGGAGGGAUGGGCUGCUGCGUUCAUUGCGAAGGCUUGGUGUUUGCCGAGAGAGCAUUUCUUCACUGGAAGGGACGUUGUUGGAGAAUGUUGUGCUAGAGAAAAUCAAUCACAAGUGUCCCAAAUGUAAGCAAAGGGUUAAAGACGUUCUUCUUCCCGAAAAUAUUUUGAAAUUGUAG